AUGGCUUUCUCUGCAAUCACUACGCACUACUCUCCUCAAUUCGUUCGCGUUCCCAUCUCUGUUCCUCAAACUCACGCAUCUCUCUCUUUUCGAUUUUCAACACCAAUUCUCAACCGCCGUCAUACUCCCAAACCUCUCUCAAUCCGAGCAGCUUCCGUUCCUGCCACCGCUGCUCCUGCGUCCGAGGCCGUGGCACCUGCAAUUUCGCUUUCGGAUAGUGCACUGAAUCACUUGAAUAAGAUGCGGUCUGAGCGAAAUCAAGAUUUGUGUUUGAGAAUAGGUGUCAAACAGGGUGGGUGCUCUGGUAUGUCAUAUGCAAUGGAUUUUGAGGAUAGGGCUAAUACAAGGCCAGAUGACUCCAUCAUUGAAUACAAAGGUUUUGUAAUUGUUUGUGAUCCUAAGAGCCUACUCUUCGUAUUUGGGAUGCAAUUAGACUACAGUGAUGCUCUGAUUGGGGGAGGCUUCAAUUUCAAGAAUCCUAAUGCGACACAGACCUGUGGAUGUGGUAAAUCCUUUAAUGCAGAAAUGUAA